AUCACAUUUGCACUUUUCUGCUGUGGGCGGUGCCAACAUGGCGGCUCUCUGAGUUUGCGAAGAGAAACUGAGGUGUAAAUAAACUAUUUGUGCACCGUUUGGACAUCUUAUUAGCUAUUUUCUCUAAAUUAUUUAAUGAAAGAUCGACCAUAGCCCGAAGGAUGUCAGGUGACGGCAACAAAAAGCAGUUCUGGAAGAGAAACACAUCCAAGGUUCCUGGGAAUAUCCAGCAUGUGUAUGGAGCCCAGCACCCCCCAUUCGACCCUCUGCUACAUGCCAACCUGAUGAAAGUAGGAAACAAGCCUCCAUCCACCACUACGCCAGGAAAACCAAAAAAAGCCACCACUUUCCAAGAGUUUGAAAGCAUCACCAGUGACGCCUGGGAUGUGGGUGACGACGACGAUGAACUUCUUGCCAUGGCGGCCCAGAAUCUCAACAUUGAGGUUGUCAUGGAGACCGCCAAUAAGGUGAUAGAAAACCACAGCAAGCUACAGGAACAACGACAGCAGCAGAUGGACAAAAGUGCGGAACAUGAUGGAAAAGACAGAGAAGACGUGCAUGAGGAAGAUGAGGAAGAGUUAGAGGAUGAAGUGGAAAGAGAGGAUGGAGCAGAGAUGACUACAAACAUUUCAUUCAGUUCAGAUUUGUUUCCACACAGUGAUAACAGACUGGUGAAGUCGCACAGUGAAGCAGCCGUUGGUUCACCUAAAGAGGUGAGCGGCGAGGGGACAGGACUCUUCAGACAGCAGUCACUUCCUCACAGGCCCACAAUUCCACUAGUUGCCCGCAUGGCAGAUCAGAACACAUCAGGAACACCAGCCAUGACGGAGAGAGAGGCAUCGCGACUCGACAAAUUCAAACAGGUUCUGGCUGGUCCAAAUACUGAUCUAGAGGAACUUCGGAAGUUGAGCUGGUCUGGAAUUCCACGGCAGGUGCGCCCCAUCACGUGGAAGCUGCUCUCAGGAUACCUGCCUGCCAACGCCGAGCGGAGAGAAAGCACGCUACAGAGAAAGAGGCAGGAAUAUUUUGGCUUUAUUGAGCAGUACUAUGACUCUCGUAAUGAUGAGAACCAUCAAGAUACCUACAGACAGAUUCAUAUAGAUAUUCCCCGGAUGAGUCCGGAAAGUUUAAUUCUGCAGCCUGAGGUAACAGAGAUUCACAUUGACAUACCGAGAACUAAUCCUCUUAUACCUCUCUUUCAACAAGCUUCUGUGCAAGAGAUCUUCGAACGGAUUCUGUUCAUCUGGGCGAUACGGCAUCCAGCCAGCGGUUACGUUCAGGGCAUUAAUGACCUUGUCACGCCCUUCUUCGUUGUCUAUGUUUUCGAGUAUAUCGAGGAAGAGGUGGAAAAUUUCAAUGUUUCCAGCUUGCAGGAAGAGGUGUUGCGGAACAUCGAGGCUGACAGCUUCUGGUGCAUGAGCAAGCUCCUGGACGGUAUUCAGGACAACUACACCUUCGCCCAACCAGGGAUCCAGAGGAAAGUGAAGGCACUGGAAGAGUUGGUCAGCCGAAUUGAUGAGACGGUCCAUCGCCACAUGCAGCAGUAUGAGGUGGAGUAUUUGCAGUUUGCCUUUCGGUGGAUGAACAAUCUGCUGAUGAGAGAACUUCCUCUACGCUGUACCAUUCGCUUGUGGGACACAUAUCAGGCGGAGCCAGAAGGAUUCUCUCAUUUCCAUUUGUAUGUAUGUGCCGCCUUCCUGGUCCGGUGGAGGAAAGAGAUACUAGAGGAGAAGGAUUUCCAGGGUCUGAUGAUAUUGCUUCAGAACCUACCCACAAUGCACUGGGGCAACGAGGAAGUUAGCGUACUUCUGGCCGAGGCUUACAGGCUGAAGUUUGCCUUUGCUGAUGCCCCCAACCACUACAAGAGAUGAGGCUUCGCCCGACCCAACUGCUGAAUACGAUGACCCCAACCAACCUCGGUGGCAGCACAGACAUUAUUAAACUGAUAACACAUUUUUUGGAAAGCAAAAACAUGUACAGUGAACCGCAACUGUUCCUGGAUAUUUUCUUUAUUUUUACUCAUGUCAACACUCCCCCCAUCGAGUCAUCCGGAUAUCAAUUUCUUACUCUUAAAAUACACUAGUUGAAUUAAUCAUUGUUUUCUUCUUCAAUUUAUUGCCAUCCCACUUUGCAAGAAAAUGAGUCCGAAUCCAUUGGAAAAACAGCAGAAUAAAUGCUGGCCCAGUUUAUUCAAGGCAAUAAUAAAACAUUAUUGAGACCAGAUGGUUCAUAAAGACCUACAAUAAGAUAGCAAGAGUGAACUUAUAACCUUUGUCUACCUCAGAUUGCGGCAAGAAGUCAUAGGGUGAUGAUUUUGUCAGUGUACAAUACCUACGAGUAGAUAAAAUCUGCCUUAUUUUGGCUGUUUAAGUUUUGCAGUGUGCAGGUUAACAAAGGCAGCUUGGAUAUGCUUACUGAAGAGUGGAUUACAUUUAUGCUUUCAGUGGCAUAUGGGGCUGUCAUUUUGAUACUGAUAUAAUAAUCCAUACUGACUGUACAGUUCUGUCAUUAUUAGGCGUGUUUGGGGAAAUCAGCUUCUGACUUUUGAUGUUUUGUCAGUAUUUGAACUGUGCGCUGCUUCGAUCAUGUCAUCAGCUUUUACAUUUGUGUGCCACUUCAUACUAAAUGUAAGUGAAUCUGCACAUGAUGUCUAUUUUUUUGCCUUUUUGUACUAAGAUAUAUCGGAUGAAUCAGCUCUUAUUUUAAAUCUUCCUUUCUUUUAUAUACUGUUUACAUGAGCCUGUUAAGUUGUGCCUAACUCCAGAGAUUGAUGACAUUUAUUGACCUGUCAGAUAUUUAUUUUACGUUUAUGAUGAUUUGGCUGCGGCAAAGCAAAGCGUUUGCCAUCAAAACAUCAUAAGCAGUGAAUUCAGCAGCUCUACUGGUCUACAUUGGCAGUUUGAUGAGUGGCAGCAAAUUUAUUGGAACUGGCAUUCAGUUCCUGUUACCGUACAAGCCACACGGGGCGCUAGUUCCUGACUUUAACCUGUCUGAAUGGAUUUUAACAAAGGUGUGGGUGAAAUAUGUUCUUAAUUUUAAUAGUUGUGUACAGAAUUAUGUUUUCAAACACAUGUACAUAGAAAAUGUGUAAAUAAAUGCUAUAUAUAUAAUUAUCA